AUGAAGGAAAAUGAAAUUAGAGAAAAGUUUAUUACAUGUGGGAGAAUAUCUCGUAUGAUGAUGCAAUACUAUCCAAAUGGUCAAUCAAAAGGGUGUUGUUUCAUUGAAUUCGAAGACAAAAAAGGAGCUGAACGAGCAUGUUCUAGAGAUGGGUCAAUUAUCGAUAAACAAUAUAUACGUGUCAAUAUGGCAGAGAAAAAACCAAUGAAACGUUUGUUUAGUUGUUAA